CGAAAUGGAAAACCAGUUUUGUCCUCUGUUCAAAACGGCUCGUUAAUAAAAUAAAACGAAACGUCACGCCUUUAAAUGGAGAGAAUUGAAUUGAAUUAAAUUGCAUUCAGGCUGAACGUAAAUCCGUGACCUUGUAAAGACUCAGCUAAUAGUAUUGUUAUUUGUCACGCCCGGUGCUUUUUCAGUUGUUCUGUUUACAUGCAAGUAGAGCAAGAUCGCGGUACAGUGUCAGUCAAAACAGAAAUAGAAUACAAGUCAUAUACAGGAGCGCGAAGGCUUCGCAAAAUGAAUCUUGACCUUAUAUUUUGUGUUAAAUCAACCUACGCUGAUUAAUAAAGAGACUCCUACGCGGCCUGACGACAGAUCCUACGACACAAUAAGAUUCAAUACUAUCGAAAAGUUUAAAUAUAAUCAUACUUAAAAGUUAUCUAAGCGAAAGUGGUGGUAAUCGAAUUAUUGUUUAAUUUUAAUAUGAAAAUCACCUAAAUCCCCAGAUGUCUUUGCUUGUCGCAUUUGCAGUCAAUUGAAUGAUCAUUGUUUGUUAUAUGGCAUUAUUAAAUUUCAUUUGAAUAUUUACAUAAGUAAGCAGUGCAAUAUGUAUUACAUUAUAUCUUAAAAGUUUAUCAAACUGAAGAAAUCACCCGUGCUACUCUGUCAUAAGACGAGAAUGGAUGAGAGUGAUGUUAUUGUAUCGUCCACUGAAAUUAUAAAAGAUAGAUUGUAUUUCGCAACACUAAAAACGGGCUACAAACCGAAACCCACGCGGAACAGCAAAUACUUCCACAUCGAAGAUGAGAUCGUUUACGAGAAUUUCUACUUCGACUUCGGUCCGUACCACCUGUGCCACCUGUACCAGUUCUGUAAGAAACUCAACGAGGAGUUGGACAGGAAUCCGAAGAAGAAAAUAGUUUACUAUACGAGCAACAAUGAGAAUUUAAGGUUGAACGCAGCGUAUCUUAUUGGCAGCUAUCAGGUAAUAUAUCUAAAGUCAAGUCCGGCAGCUGUGUACAAGCAGCUGACCGACGGCUCGGAGUGGUCGCUGUUGAAUUUCCGGGACGCGUCCGGAGGCCCGCCGCUGUUCGAUAUAUCGCUGCUGGACGUCCUACAGGGCAUCAAGGUGGCGCACGAAGCCGGCUUCUUCGACUUCGAGCACUUCGAUGCCGAACAGUAUUUGUUUUACGAGAAAGUUGAGAACGGCGAUCUCAACUGGAUCGUUCCGGGUAAGAUGUUGGCGUUCUCCGGGCCGCACCACCGGUCGCGUCUUGACCGCGGCUACCCCCUGCACAGUCCCGAACAUUAUCACGACUACUUCCGUACUCAUAAUGUGACCACGAUCGUCCGUCUGAACAAGAAGUCGUACGACGCCCGCCAGUUCACGUCCCACGGCUUCGAGCACAGGGAGUUGUUCUUCGUCGACGGCUCGGUGCCCUCGGACCUCAUCGUGAACCGCUUCAUUCGUAUCGCGGAGGCAGCUAAGGGCGCGGUCGCGGUGCACUGUAAAGCGGGGCUGGGCCGCACGGGCACGCUCAUCGCCUGCUACAUGAUGCGGCAGCACGGCUUCACGGCGCGCGAGGCCAUCGCGUGGCUGCGCGUGUGCCGCCCGGGCUCCGUCAUCGGACACCAGCAGUGGUUCCUCGAGAAUAUCCAGUCGCGGAUGCACGCAGAAGGGGAGGCUUACCGUCGGCGGCACAACGUCACGGCGCUGCCCGUCUACACCCGGGGGAUAUACAGCGACCUGCCCCGCGACCAGACUGUGCUCGACAACCACAAACCCGUAUCCCUCAACAGCAUACUGCAGAACAACCGGGACGCUAACAAGCUGGACAACGGUAACAUCAUAAACACAACGGAAACCGAUUCUGAGAACAACGUGACCACGGUCAUCGGCAAAUACAAGACCACACCGACGCCGAUGUUGCCAGCGAAGAGCGUCUUCGCGCCCAAACUCAACUACAUGCUGCCGACGAACAACGUCCGCAACGCCAACAACACGAACUUGAAGCAGCCGACCAGGAUGACCACGAACUUGAAGAGUUACGUGUCGAAGACGUCCACGUUCCCGCCGACCAGGAGCUCCAACCCGCAGGUCAAGCUCGCGUCUACUGCCAAGCCGUUCGCGAGCAAGAACAGCUUCCACGGGCAGCGGGCCAACCUAGCGCGACCCGUCAUGGCAUACGGACACGCCAGCAGCCCGCUCAAAACGUUCACCAGAAAAACGGGGAGCGUCGGCAAAAUCACGGGCGACGCGACGUCGGGCAACACCGUCAGCAACGUGAACUCGACCCUAUCCGCCUUGACGGAGAACUGCCAUUUGAAUGGCCAAAAACGUUUACCAUCCGAGCCUAAUCUGAAAAACGUCUCGCAAAAUAAAUCCAUAACUAAUAACAUACCGAGGAAGAAGUUGAUUAUCCGCUCCAACUCUAGUUCAAGGAAGAAACUGCCCAAGGGCAAUAAUCUGAAAGGCUUGGAGCCAGCGCACGAUUUGUCGUCCAGUGAUACCAGCGUCACGAACAUAGCGGCGGGUCCGCUCGAUACGCCGUUCAGGUUUCGACGGAAAAGGGACAAGUCCAACAGCCCCGAGCCGAUGGACUGUCUCUCCAACUCCAUUAUAACUGCUGACGUCACGUCCGACAACGUCGAGGAGUCCAGCGACUCCCAAGGGAAUAAGCUCUACAAGAUAAAAGCGCUCCGGAAGAAAUGCCCGGCUUUCGGAGUGAGCUUACUCAAGAAAGACGGCAUACAGACCAGGUCGAGCAGUUGUGCCAGUACUGCGGUUAAGAAAAAAUGAUUGAAGUGAAUUCGUCAUUAGGUAAGUUGUUCGCACUGUACACACAGAUUUAUAAUGUGCAUAGCGCAUCUAAUAUAUUCGCGUUGUAACAGAAGUCAUAUCAAUGUAAAAAGACAUGUCCGAGCAAAUUUGAGACUAAUUCUUAUAGAAAGAGUGUUAAACGCUGUUAUUCGUGAAUCCCACUUGGAAACGACCUCAAAUGUAAGUAAUCUCAUUAGUGUAAUGUAUUGAGGUGUGCUGCGAUUUUUAGAGUAUUAUACUGUAGCCUAGAUCUUAUCAACAACGAGCGAUUUGUUAUUAAAUUUGAGUUUAUUUAUUCAACAAAAUAAUAUACUUUUUUUGUAUAUUUAAUAUGAUUUCGUGUAAUAUAAACAUGUUGGAAAUAGUAGUACAUGUAUGUAUACAUCCAUCCUAAAAGAUUGCAGCAUCCUCGACACGUAAGUCCAAAGUGUAUGAAUGUAUACUGAAUGGUACUAAAUGUUUUUGUUAAAUUUUCUUCCGUAUUCUGUCCCAAAUGGUCCUAUACUUUUCCUAAUGUAGAAUAUCAGUGGUGCAUAAAUAUAAAUUAACACUACUUUUGUUAAAAUAUGUAGUAUAAUAGUUGAGAAUUUUUAAAACUGUGAAGUUGUUUUUCUUUUAUCAUUUGUAGUAUGACGUCACUAUAUAAUUGCGUGCAACGGACGGAGUUGAGCUAUAUUGUGACGUCAUAGUAGUCGGCGCACUAAAACUAUAUUGUUAUAAAUCACAGUUUGUUGAUAUCCUUCAUUGAAAUGUUAAUUUAUUGACACUGACAUUGUCGGAAAUUUUUGCAUAAAUGAGUCUGAAUUCAACAUGACUUUGUAAUCAAUAAAAUAUCCUUUUUUAAUAGAAUACGUAUCCAGAACGACAUGACAUACGUUGUUCUGAAGAAUAAAGUCGGAUCAACCUUUAUUUGAAAUCUUUUGCUUGAUAUUCUAAACGGUAUACUGUCAAUUUAGAUUAAUUAUUGAAAGAAAACUCACGCGAAAUAAUAAUAAAUUAUACAAACCAAAUAAGCAUGUAAUUUUUAAAAUGUCUUAAAAAUUCCUUUUCCAAUUGAAUAUUUACUUUUAAGGCUCAUUAAAUACUAACUAUAAUAAUAUAAGAGAAUCAAAAAAUAUAUUUAGUAAGUGUUAAAUUUUAGAACAACACAAAUAACAAAUUUAAAUUUAAUACUUACUAAGUAUUUUAUCUAAUUCACAUGAAACCACGAUCAAACAUUUCCGCUGUAAAUUAUUAAAAAUAAAUUAAAAUUAAAUGUAGAAGUUAAUUCCUAAAAUUGAACGAGUUACUAAACGAUUAUCGGGUUUAAGAAUAAUAAUAAUAAUUAUAUAUUUUUGUAGAACUUAAUUGUAAGUGAUAAAAAUCGAUUGCCAUUUUGUUUUAUUUUUAUUAAGGAAUGUUUUAUCUGUUGAUAUUCUGUUGUAACAUAGAUUAUAAAUUGGUUAAUCUAAUUUUUAGAUGUUAAUUAUUUACUUUGCAAUACCCGUAUACAUAAUUAGAUGCUUUAUUUUUCAUAACAAGUGUAAUAGUUUUUUGAACUAAAAUAGUGCAAUGAACUUUAUGUAAAAAAAUUAUAAUAUAUUAAGUUUUCUUAAAAUCAUUUAUGUCACAAAUGCAAUAACACCACUAUUGUGGGGACUUGAAAACUGUUCUUUUUAUAUAUUAAAUAUUUACAAACUAUAAAUGCCAGUUGUAGUAUAUUGUACUGUCUAUAUUUAUAUACCUUGUGAUGUUGAUUGGCUUGUCACGCUUCAAGCCAUAUACAUAGUGUUGCUUUAUUUACAUUCAUUUUUGCGUUGUGUUUAAAUGUUAUCAAAUAGGUAGUACUACAUAUUUAUAAUGUUCUUUAAAUUUGAUAGAGCAAAUAUACUUCUAUUGUUAAAAUACGCAAUUUUUAUUUGUAGAAUACUUCUCGCGGAAGACUAUGUAAGGUCUAUGGUCGGUGAUUCUUAAUGAAAAAUAUUGAACAAAUAUUAUCUUAUGUUUCUUUCUAAGAUCUACAAGUUUUCUAUGUUUUAUACCUUAAAUGCGUCUAAAUGCUAUACUAAUAGUUACUUUAUUUUCUAUUGAUUUUUAAAAUAUGUAUUUACAUAGAUAAGUAAAAUUGAUAUCAACUUUUGUAAAUAAUAUAUAAAUAUACAUUUCGCUAUCCUGCUCUAGCUUGACUUGUAUUCUUAAAGCGUGAGUGGGACAGUUUGAAUUAUGACUAGACUUAAGUUAUCGGUUUUAUUACGUGCAAUGUAGAAGGAGACUAUCGGACUACUGUAAUGGAAAAAUAAUUUUAAAUUGUGAAAAAAGCUUUAGAAAAUCAUACGUGUUGUUUAUGGAAACUGUUUACAUUUUUUCUGCUAUGCUCUCAUUUAAAAGCGAGUACUCAUUGGUUCAGUGUUAGAUUUUAAUAAUGUAAUAAUUAAUGCAUAUUAGCGAUGCCCUGCGAUGUAUUUUGUCUGAAUGUUUGUCUAAAUGAAGUUUCUGAAGUCUUUAUUUUCCUAAAUUUGUUUAUUAAAUGCAAUUUAUUGAUUUGUACAGAAUUCACAGCUACGAUAAAAAAAUUAUCGCG